ACUCCGGAGCUGCGGGGAGCCGGGGGAAGGUGGUGGCGGUGCGGACAGCAUGGCUCGGAUGCUGAGCCGGGACCCGGUGGACAUUGAGGUACCCACUCGCCCUGCCGGGGCGGGCGGCUGUGGCUGGCGGGGUGGGGGUUCCGCCCGGCCGGGAGCGCCCGGCAAAGUUUGGCUGUGGGGAGCAGUCUCGCCGCUGUUGUGAGCUCCGUGCUUCCGCGGCUCCGCUCAUCGUGCCGACCCGGGGCAGCCCCUGUUGGGGUGGCUCCGAGACUGCGCGGCGGCGAAGGCGCCGCUCCGCUUUGCGAGAGGCGUCCGGGCUCGGCCCGAUGUAUGGGGCGGCUGCGAGUCGAUGGGCGUGUGGGGGCGGUGCCUCCCCUCCUCCCAGCCCGGCACUUCUCGCGGCCGCGUUCUGCAGGGUCGGGUCCGCGUCCCCGUGAAGGAGUUAGCCGCCCUGGUGCACGGCUCGGGGAGGGGGGGCGGCUCUGCAGUGCCUGCGGGUCUCUGCCCUCGGGUACCCUUCUUCCGCGGGCUAGGCUGAGCGCGUGGCACAGCGCACCGAAAGCAGCGGGACCGCAGCAGAAACAUUGCUCUGAGCACGCGGCCCUGAAGUUGUGUGCGAGUUUGCUGAGGGUCAGCCUGCAGUUUUGGAACAGGGCCUGGACGUGGCCCAGCAUGAGAACCUCCUGUCUUUAAACCCCCGAACACAGACUUAUGCAACUCUUCAUUCAACUGUAACAAAGAAACAAGUCAAGAAGCACUGGAAAAGGAAUUCUGACAAAAGUUGUUCUGAAGAAACUUGAGAUACCUACUGACUGUAGAACUGUGAGAAACUAGAAAAUAAUUUUGAUGACAUCAAGCACACGACUCUUAGUGAGCGAGGAGCACUUCGAGAAGCAAUGAGAUGCUUGAAGUGUGCAGAUGCCCCCUGUCAGAAGAGUUGCCCAACUAAUCUGGACAUCAAGUCAUUCAUCACAAGCAUUGCAAACAAGAACUAUUAUGGAGCUGCCAAAAUGAUUUUUUCUGACAAUCCACUUGGUCUGACAUGUGGAAUGGUGUGUCCUACAUCAGACCUUUGUGUUGGUGGCUGCAAUUUGUAUGCUACUGAGGAGGGACCAAUUAAUAUUGGUGGAUUGCAGCAGUUUGCUACUGAGGUGUUCAAAGCCAUGAACAUUCCACAGAUCAGAAACCCUUCCUUGCCUUCUCCAGAAGAUAUGCCUGAAGCUUAUCAUGUGAAAAUAGCACUUCUUGGUGCAGGGCCUGCAAGUUUAAGUUGUGCUUCCUUUUUGGCUCGAUUGGGCUAUUCAAACAUCACCAUAUUUGAAAAGCAGGAGUAUGUUGGUGGCUUAAGCGCAUCUGAAAUCCCUCAGUUCAGAUUGCCAUAUGAUGUAGUGAAUUUUGAAGCUGAGCUUAUGAAGGAUCUCGGAGUGAAGAUAAUUUAUAGUAAAGGGCUUGCUGUGGAUGGAAUGACACUCCGUACCUUGAAAGAAGAUGGCUAUGAAGCAGUCUUCAUUGGAAUAGGUUUACCAGAACCAAACAGAGACAGUGUAUUCCAAGGGCUGAGAAUGGAUCAAGGAUUUUACACAUCAAAAGACUUCCUACCUUUGGUAGCUGUGGCAAGUAAGCCAGGGAUGUGUGCCUGUCAGUCUCCAUUGCCAUCAAUACAUGGAACUGUGAUUGUACUUGGGGCAGGAGACACUGCUUUUGACUGUGCAACAUCUGCUUUACGCUGUGGAGCUCGUCGUGUGUUUGUGGUCUUCAGAAAGGGCUUCACUAAUAUCAGGGCUGUUCCGGAAGAGAUGGAACUUGCAAAAGAAGAGAGGUGUGAAUUUCUGCCUUUCCUCUCCCCUCGGAAAGUUGUACUUAGAAGUGGACAUAUUGUUGCAAUGGAGUUUGUUCGAACUGAGCAGGGCAGUGAUGGAAACUGGAAAGAAGAUGAGGAUCAGGUUGUUCGUCUGAAAGCUGACGUGGUGAUCAGCGCCUUUGGUUCAGUUUUGAGUGACUCUAAAGUCAUAGAGGCCAUGACACCUAUCAAGUUUAACAGAUGGGGUCUUCCUGAAGUAGAUCCAGAAACUAUGCAAACGAGUGAACCCUGGGUUUUUGCAGGUGGUGAUAUCAGUGGUCAUGCUAACACUACAGUGGAAUCAGUAAAUGAUGGAAAACAAGCCUCUUGGUACAUGCACAGAUACAUACAGUCCUUAUAUGGUGCUGUAGUUUCUACUACUCCAGAACUACCACUCUUCUAUACUCCUAUAGAUUUAGUAGACAUCAGUGUAUUAAUGGCUGGACUGAAGUUUCCAAAUCCUUUUGGCAUUGCCAGUGCAACUCCUGCUACAAGUUCUUCAAUGAUUCGAAGAGCUUUUGAAGCUGGAUGGGGCUUUGCUGUCACUAAAACGUUCUCCCUGGACAAGGAUAUUGUGACCAAUGUUUCUCCAAGGAUUGUGCGUGGAGUUACUUCGGGUCCCAUCUAUGGCCCAGGCCAAGGCUCUUUUCUAAACAUUGAACUGAUCAGUGAGAAAACAGCGGCAUAUUGGUGUAAAAGUAUUACUGAACUGAAGAGUGACUUCCCAAAACAAAUCCUGAUUGCCAGCAUCAUGUGCAGCUAUAGCAAGGACGACUGGACUGAACUUUCAAAAAUGGCUGAGGCUGCUGGCGCAGAUGCACUGGAGUUAAAUCUAUCAUGUCCUCAUGGCAUGGGGGAGAGAGGCAUGGGCCUGGCCUGUGGGCAGGAUCCAGAGCUGGUGCGGAACAUCUGUCGCUGGGUUAGACAAGCUGUUCAGAUUCCUUUCUUUGCCAAGCUGACCCCAAAUGUCACUGAUAUUGUGAAUAUUGCUGUGGCUGCGCAGGAAGGUGGCGCAGAUGGUGUUACAGCCACCAACACGGUGUCAGGACUGAUGGGACUGAAAGCAGACGGCACACCUUGGCCAGCAGUUGGUGCAGGACUGAGGACCACAUAUGGUGGUGUGUCAGGAAAUGCUAUUAGGCCCAUCGCGCUCCGUGCAGUGUCUGCUAUAGCCCGUGCUCUUCCAGGAUUUCCCAUCUUAGCAACUGGAGGCAUUGACUCUGCUGAAAGUGGUCUCCAGUUUCUGCACAGUGGAGCUUCAGUUUUACAGGUGUGCAGUGCAAUCCAGAAUCAAGAUUUCACUGUUAUUGAUGACUACUGCACUGGACUGCGAGCUCUUCUUUACCUGAAAAGCAUUGAGGAACUUGAAGACUGGAAUGGACAGAGUCCUACAACCAUGCGCCAUCAGAAAGGAAAACCAGUAUCUGGAAUUGCUGAUCUGAUAGGAAAGGAAGACCCAUCAGCCUCCUGGAACACUGCAACCCCACAGAAACUACCCAGUUUUGGGCCUUACCUGGAACAACGUAAAAAAAUUAUAGCUGAGAACAAGAUGAAACUGAAGGAACAAGGCACAGCUGCUGUGCUUCCUGAAAAAAAGCAUUUCAUUCCAAAGAAGCCCAUUCCAGCAAUCAAGGAUGUAAUUGGAAAAGCACUGCAGUAUAUUGGAACAUAUGGUGAGCUCUGCAACACAGAGCAAGUUGUGGCUCUGAUUGACGAGGAAAUGUGUAUCAACUGUGGCAAAUGUUACAUGACCUGUAAUGAUUCCGGCUACCAGGCUAUCCAGUUCGAUGCCGAAACCCACCUGCCUACGGUCACCGACAGCUGCACGGGCUGCACCCUGUGCCUCAGCGUCUGCCCCAUCAUCGACUGCAUCCUCAUGGUUCCCAGGACCACCCCGUAUGAGCCCCGGCGAGGGUUGCCCCUGGCCCUGAGCCCCCUGUGCUGAGCUGUGCCGGCCCUGCUCUGCCUCACCACCGCUGAUUUGCCUUCUAAUUAACCCUCAAAAUCUACUCAUGAAAAAAACCGUGAUAUUGGGAGUCAUUACAGUAAACUCUUUUUUUCCAGUUAUUAUUUUUAUGACAAUUAGGUUCUGAAAUUACAGAAAGGCAGCAAUUAGGUGGUUGUAGCUGUCAUUUGUCCACUGUCUGAAAUGUAACUUUUUCCUUGCGAUUCAUGCUGUAAUUUCAAAAGUCCUCUGUAGACUGUUUAAUCUCUAUGUAAUUUCUGGCUGUAAAUAUAAUUAAGAAACCAUUUUUAAUGAACUACAAAUCAAUGUACAAGCUAACUGUUUUCAAGGAGGCAUUUUGUAAUUAAACAUUACAUUUAGUUUUAAAAGAGUUUCUUAGAAGAUGUAAUUAACUACACAGCAUUCAAACAAAGUGAUGUUGCUUCUAUUUUUCUAUGGGAAGAAAUGAAAGGGAAUUUAAAAUAGGAUUUAAGAACUGGAUUAAUCACUUUCAACUACUGCAGCAUAUGGUAGUGUAUUUUUAUAAUCCUUUCUAAUUCUUCCUCACACCAGUCACUUAAUAAGAAUAAAUUUGCUGUGCACUGACACAUGCUGAACUCUUUAGAUUUGGUGUUGCCCGGGUAGCAUCAUCUCUACUUUUCCCCCCAGUGAAUACUUACAACAUCUAUCUACAAACAGUUAAACUGGCUUAUUACAAAGCCUGGAUUUCAUUUUAGGAUUUGGAGAAGGGACAACGUGUUUUUUCCAAGCUCAUCCUCUAAAUAACUUUUUAAUCAUGCCAAUUAAUGUUCCGGAAUGUACAUGUUACAGGUCAGAGAUCUGAUUAGGUGCAAUUGGAAUACACACCCUGCAGACCACGUUUGCCAAACAUACGUGUGUGUAUAGGGCAAACUGGCAAGAUGAUUUCCCCCAGUGCCAAUUCUUCAUACUUAGUGGUUAUGUAUGGUUACAGUGAUUUCACAACCAAAAAGAAAUACAGAUUUGUCUGUCUUACUGAACAAUAUCUCAGUAUUAAUCCAUUUUUCAUUCACAGUAGGAACUUUCUAAUAUGAAUGUAUUGCUGUCAGCUUAACUUAAGAAUAUAAAGCCUUUAGUUCCAUAAUAAUAAUAAAUGAUCUAUCCAUUCAAUUUCUUAUACCCUAUAUUGCAAUUGGCAAAAGCUUUGAUUAAAAAUAUUCUGUAACUUUCAUGUCCUGGUUUACGAUUUGUGCACCAAAUUACAAAUAAAUGUUGAAACCAA